AUGUCUGCCAGCUCCGGUAACAACGGAGUCAAGAAUCUUCGGGCAAUGUUCGAGAACAAAGCUGGCGAUCAAUCCACAUCUCCACCGAGCCGAGGUCGAUCUCCCAACCCUUCAGAGUUCUCCAACAGCAGUAGACCUGUCAGUAAGGUCCGAGCAAGCUUCGUGGCUGUCGAAAAACCAGGCGAAAACGGAGGCCCCGCAUUGAUAGGUCUUAGGAGGGCCAGCGAAGUGAGCAGUAUGGGAGGCAUACAAGAGAAUGCAAUUGUGGACAAUGAGAGCAUGGAGAAGCCGUCUGUUACAACCGACACUGACACCGCAUUGAAGGAUGUCACCGCCGAUGAACCAGAAUCGAGGCUCCCUGUGGAUAGUGCCCCUGAAGAAGGCGGCUUGGGUAACAUCCUGAAAGGCUCAGCGUUUGUUGAGAACACUCCUUCCAAGCCCCCUGCGAAUGUGACCAAUCUGGGUCAUGCUGUUGCUUUGGGCCGACUACAACAGAAGACACCUCUAUCUUCGCCCUCGAAACCCAAGAAUGAGUCAAAUUCGGCUACGAUGGUGGACAAAAUGCAGGCGUCCAAAGAAAACAAACCAGGGCCACCGCCAAAUACAACUCUCAAGACUACAGAGACUGCGCAGCCGAUAAAGGCGCCACCCACAAGACAAAUCAACUCCAAAAUUGUGCCCAAGUCUCCAAUUGUCACACAGCCGUCUCCAAGAACACCUACGUCCCCGAAGAUGAACAUCAAAGGCGGACCUGCGAAGAUCAGAGGAGUGAUGGGGUCCGCAAAGGAAGCCCAGAAGGCGAGAGAAGCGCCGAAAGACACUAAGGACAAGCAAGAGAAGUCACAGCCGCCGGCACCCAAGGUCAAUACACAGGCCAAGUCAAGACCUGCACCCAUCGCAGCAAAGAAAGAGCAAACUCCAGCAUCCCCGAAGAGCGUCAGAUCCCCCACCAUAGCCAAGCCCAAACCUCCCACGAUCCCAGGCAAACUUCCUGCUGCGGCUACCGCGACUACAGCAUCAGCAGCGGCUAAACACGACGACGCACAGCGUCCAGCGACCGAGCCCGAGCGGAAACAUGAUGUGAAGAAGACCGCUCCCCCCACAUCACGGCCGCCUCGGGCGAGUACCUCAUCUACGACCGGAACCUUGGCCAAAAAGGCCUCUCGGGCGUCUUUGACCAACGGGCACCAGAGGCCGCAAUCUCGAGUGAGCACAAGCAGACCAGAUGAAGGGUUCUUGGCCAGGAUGAUGAGGCCGACCGCAAGCAGCGCCCAGAAAGCGCAUGACAAGGUGCAACCCACUAGUCCUCCCAAGACGAGAGGAAAGACAAUGCUGCCGCCCAAGACUAAACCAACGACGAAGCAAGAGCAACCACCGAAGAUGCACUUGGACACGCCGAAAGAACCUGAUACAGAGGACAAGGAGAAUCACGACGGUCGUCAACAGGAGCAGGAUCAGAACACGCUGCCAGAGGUAGCGCCGCCUUCGUCUUCCGACACCGCGAAGCCGGAUGCCAUGAAUGCCGACGCAGAAACAGAAGCCGUCGUUUCUGAGCCUGCUCCCUCGGCAGAACAAGACCGAGUGAGUGGCGAGGCCCAGGAGGUAUACUGA